AUGCCCUCACCAGCAGCAGGCAGAUCGGGGAAUGCUCCAGAGACCCCCACAAAAACUGGCAAGAGCCCUGCCUCAACAAAUACUUCUAAGCUUACUGGCAAAGCGGCCUCAGGCACUCCAGGAAGAAAGCCUCCCAAACUAGGGGCCUCCAAAUCAACUCCUAAAAAAUCCACAGACUCACCCAGCUUGCCCUCCCGACCAAAGGAAGCAGCUGACUCCAAAGAUGUCUCGGAGAAGCCUAGCGAUGUUGAGUCUGAUGCCGGUCAAAAGAUCGACCUCAAGGAUACCGAAGAAGCUGGUGGCAAGGUCAGCCAACCAGGCCACGACACCGGAGCCGAGAGUACUUCUGUAGCCGACACCAGUGAAUUGUCUGAAGCCAACCCUGAGCCGGUUCCCGACAGUGACGAGGACGAAGACGAGACUCCUGCUAAGCCCGCAGCCAAAGACGAGGGCACCGAGGAAAAUACCGAGACUGAGGAACCGGCUGGCGAGGCCGAAGAUGCAGCUGAGGAGGCUGAAGACGAGGCUGAGGGUAAGGGCUCCGGCGCUCUCGGUGGUCUCAAAUCAACAGCUGGUGGCGUCACUGGUGGCGCAAAGAAGCUUGCAGGCCGGGCUGGCGGUGCGAAAGACACUGCAACCGGCGCUGCUGGCAAAGCCUCCAAAGGCGACGUCUCAGGCGCCGCCGAAGACACGGCCCAGGACGCACAAAAGGGUGCCAAAGACACGGCCGAAGACGUCCAGGACACCGCAGAAGAUACUGCUGAGGGUGCGAAGGACACCGCAGAGGGCGCAGCUGAAGAUGUCCCCAAAGACACGGAUGAUGUACCUGAUGCGGAGGAAGCAACAGAAGGUGUCAAGGACACCGCUCAAAAGACCACCAAUGGCGUCAAAGAAGCCGCGGAAGACACCGCCGAGGGUGCCAAGGAGACCAGCGAAGACACCGCCCAGGACGACAAGGAUACCGCCGAAGAGACAGUCAACGGUGUGAAGGACACCGCUAAAGGCGCCACAGAUCAACUGCCUGACCUGUCCUCUUUGAAGGGACUCAAAGUCAGCGAAAACGGCGAUAUCCUCGACAAGGAGGGCGAGGUCAUCGGCAAGCUCGAGGAAGGCGACCCAGCCGACCUAGAAGGCUAUGAAAUCGGUGACGACGGCGAGAUCCUCGAUGAGGAUGGUGACGUCGUUGGCCGCGCAAACAUUAUCUCUGACAAAGUACAAGAGGCCGGUGACGAAGCCAAGGGCGAAGCCGAUGGCACUGCCGAGGAGGCAGAGGGCGCAGCCGAAGAUGUCAAAGAGACCGCUGAGGAUGCAGUCGAGACUUACCUCCCUGACCUCGAUGUGCUAGAAGGUCUUGAGGUUCAAGAGAACGGUGAUAUCUUGGACAAAGAUGGCAAUGUCUUGGGCAAGAUCACUGAAGGCGACCCUCAAGACCUAGUGGGCAUGACUCUCAAUGGAGAGGGCGAGAUCCUCGACGAGGAUGGCGAUGUCGUCGGCCGCGCCGAGACACUACCACAAGAAGUCAAGCAACAGGCCGAGGACGCUGCAGGAGAGCUCCCUGGUCUCAAUGCUCUUGAGGGCCUAGAAGUUCAGGAAGAUGGUGCCAUCAAGGACGCUUCUGGCAACACUCUCGGAAAGAUCACUGAAGGUGACCCUGCCGACCUCGUCGGUAGAACUCUCAACGCCGAAGGUGAGGUUCUUGACGAAGACGGUGAUGUCAUUGGCCGCGCUGAGGUCGUACCUGAGGCAGCCGGUGCAGCUGGAGAAGCGGCUGAAGAAGGUGUACCUGAGGCCGUCCAACAAGCCACGGACAAGGUUGACGAGAUUCAAGAUCAGCUGAAGCCCAAUCUUACAAUUGUUGAGGGGCGGAAGCUGAACAAGAAGGGCAAUAUUAUCGACGACGAAGGUGAAGUGCUUGCCAAGCUCGUCGAUGGCGACCCAAAGAAAUGUACUGGCAAGAUUCCGAACGAAAAUGGAGAGAUCCUUGACAAAGACGGCAACGUCAUCGGCCGCGUCGAGGUCGUCGAGGGUGAAGCUGCCGAGGAGGCAAUGAAGGAGCUCAAUCCCGAAUUGGUUCAACAACUUGAAGACGCCCAGGAAGCGGUCGAAGACGCUGAAAAGCAAGCCGCUGAGGACGCCGAUAAGGCUGGUGACGCAGCUGAUGUCGCGGAGGAUGCCGCUGAAACUGCCGAAGGUGCCGCCGAAGAAGCAAAGGACGCGGCCGAAGAGGCCAAACCUCUCUUUGAGCAGCUCGACGGCCUCAAGGUCAACAAAAAGGGCCAGGUCGUCAACGAAGACGGUGAUCCUAUUGCUCGCCUCUCUGAUGGAUAUGACCUUGAAGCCGUGCGUGGUAAGAAAAUCAACGAGAAGGGAGAAAUCCUCGACAAAGACGGCAAUGUCAUUGGAAAAGUUGAAUUCUUGCCCGAGGUUGUGGAGGAGGGUCUCGUUGAAGUUGAAGAAGCUACCCCUGACGACCCUGAGACUUCAAUCCUUGAAGGCCUGAAGGUGAAUAAGAAGGGUCUUGUCCUGAACGAGGAAGGAGAGGAGGUCGGCCGCCUUGUUGACGGCGACCUCUCUGCCGUCGCUGGCAAGAAGCUCAACGACAAGGGUGAAGUCUUGGACAAGGACGGCAAUGUCAUUGGCAAGGUCGAAUUGAUCGAACAGCAGCAAGGCGAGGAAGCUGACGAGGGAGCUGAAGAAGAUGGAGACGAUGGUCUACCACCUCUCAGCAGCCUCGAAGGUCUCAAGGUCAACAAGUCUGGCAAGAUUAUCGACUCCAAUGGCAACAUUGUGGGCGAGCUAGUCGAAGGUGAUGCCAAGAAGAUCUGGAAAGCAGGCAUCCCUGCCGAUGACCAAGGUCAAUUCUGGGACAACAAAGGUCAUGUCAUCGGCAAAGCCAAGACUCUCCCUCAGGAGGAUAGGGAGGAUGAAUCUCCAUUUGCCGGCCUAGAAGGUCUCACGGUCGUUGCGGACGGAUGGGUUGAGGAUGAGAAUGGCAACCGCGUUGGCAAGAUUGUAGACGGUGACGCUAAAAAACUCGUCGGGCGCUCUGUUGACGAAGAUGGUGACAUCAUCGACAAGAAAGGCAAUGUCGUCGGACAUGCUGAGAGAUACGAAGAACCUGACGCCGAGCCGGAGGCUGAGCCAGAGGAAGUUGAUCUCUCGGAGCUGAAAGGCCUGAAGGUCAACAAACAAGGCAAUGUCAUCGGACCCGAUGGCGUGCCUAUUGGUCGUCUUGUUGAAGGCAACGCCAAAGAGCUUGCUGGUCGCCCGGUUGACGGCAACGGUCAGGUUUGGAAUGACCGUGGCGAAGUUGUUGGUCGUGUCGAACUCAUCCCUGCUAAUGAGCGCGAGGCUAAGGCUGAGGGCCCAUUCGCUGGCCUCGAAGGUGUUGUCGUUGUCAAGGAAGGCCUUGUCGAAGAUCAUGACGGCAAUGUAGUCGGCAAGGUGGUGGAGGGAGACUGGAAGAAACUCAUCGGCCGCCAUGUUGAUGAAGACGGUGAUAUCAUUGAUAAAUAUGGCAACGUCAAGGGUCACGCCGAGCCUUAUGAGGUUCCUGAGGAGGAAGUUGCCGAGGCCGACCUCUCCAGCCUUGCCGGCAAGACCGUCAACAAACAGGGCAAGAUUGUUGACGAGCACGGUACCAUCUUUGGCGAAGUCGCCGAAGGCGAGCUCAAGCAUCUUGUCGGAAAGAAGGUUGAUGGCAAAGGAGACAUCUGGAGCGCCGAUGGCAAGGUCAUUGGCAAGGCUCGCCUCAUCGAGGGUGGUGAUGACGGUCGUGCUGAAGGGCCUUUCUCCAACUUCGAGUCAACCACCGUCACCAAGGACGGCUUGGUGACAGAUGCCAACGAUCAAGUUGUGGGCCGCAUCGUCGAAGGCGAGGUGAAGAAACUCGUCGGCCGCAAAGUUGAUGACGACGGCGAUAUCGUCGACAAGAACGGAAACGUCAUCGGCAAAGCCGAGCGAUGGGAGCCAGAGGAGAAAGAACGUGAGGUCUCUCCCAUGGCUGGCCUACGCAUCAACAAGGAAGGAGAAGUCCGCGACAAGAACGGCGAUGUCAUCGGCAGACUCACCGAUGGCAACCUUCUGGCUUGUAUCGGCAAGGAGAUCAACGACAACGGCUAUGUGGUCGAUCAAGAUGGCAACAAGAUCGGCGAAUGCACCCUGCUCGAGAAUAUCCCCGAAGAAGAAGAAGAAGAAGUCGCAGAGCCCACCGAUGAAGAGCGGAAGAAGGAAGAGGAGCGAGAAGUCGCCAAGAAGAUCGGCAACAUCAUCAACCAGACAAUCGAGAAGAUGGAGCCAAUCUGCAAGCAGAUAACUGAUCACAUCGAGAAGGCCGACCGCACACCCAAGGAGGAGCUGGACGAAGAACAGCUUGUGCAGAACGUGAAGCCGCUGAUCGAGGAAGGCGGCCGCGUGCUAGGCGAAUGCAACGGCGCGAUCCGCGGUUUGGAUCCUGACGGCCACAUCGCGGCACAAGCGAAAGCUCGCGCGGCGUCCGGCGAAGCCUCGCCCGAAGAGCACCGCGUGGCCGAAGGCCUCAAGGAGCUGACGACCACGGUCGUCAAGACGAUCGACAACGCGAAGAAACGUAUAUCCGACAUGCCGCAUGCCAAGAAGAAGCUCAACCCCCUCUGGGGCCUGCUCACCGAGCCGCUCUUUCAGAUUAUCGCCGCGGUCGGUCUGUUGUUGUCCGGUGUCCUGGGUCUCGUGGGCAAAUUGCUCAAUGGGCUGGGACUCGGUGGUCUCGUCAAUGGCAUCCUCGGCGGUCUGGGUGUCGACAAGCUGCUCGGGGGGCUCGGCCUCGGGAGCAUUGCUGAAAGUCUCGGCCUCGGCGGUGGGAAGAAAAAAUGA